UUUUUUGCAGUGCUAUUUUUUUGUAGUGUGAGCCAGUGUUUUACAGUUUUUUCCGGUGUUAGUGAUUUUUAAAUUUUUUUUCCAAAGUUGAUCUUUUUUUUGCAUUUUUCCCACUGUUAGUUUACUUUUCACAGUUCAUUCCAAUAUUACAGUUUUUUUUUUUUUUUUUUUUACAGUUUUUUUCAAUGCUAGUGUUUUUUAUGUUGUUUUUUUAGUGGUAGUGUUUUAUUUUUCAAUUUUUUUAAAGUUUAAAUGUUUUUUUACAGUUUUUUCCAGUGCUAGUGUUUCACAGUGUUUUUUUACAGUGUAAGUGUUUUGUGCAGUUUUUUUCCGUUAAUGGUUUUUUUAAAAGUUUUUUUUAUAGUGUUAGUGUUUUUUGCAGUUUUUUACAGUGUUGGUGUUUUUUGCAGUUUUUUCCCAGUUAAUUUUUUUCACAUUUUUUCCAGUGCUAGUGUCUUUAUUUUAUUAGAUUUUUUUACAAUUUGUUUUUUCCAGGGACAGUGUUCUUUCUCUUUCCUGUGGUACUAUUUUUUUCCCCAGUGUUAUUGUUUUCUUCAGUGACAGUGCUGCUUCUGCCUCUGGUGAUAGUAUUUUUUUCCAGAAUUUUUUCCAAUGUUUUUUCCAAUGUUUUUUCCAGUGUUUUUUCCCAGUAUUUUUUCAGUGGUUUUUUCCGUGUUUUUCCAGUGUUUUUUCCAGUGUUUUUUCCAGUGUGUUUUUCCCAGUGUUUUUCCCAGUUUUUUUCCAGUAUUUUUUCCAGUUUUUUUUUUCCAGUUUUUUCCAGGUUUUUUUUCCAGUGUUUUUUCCAGUGUUUUUUCCCCAGUGUUUUUUCCAGUGUCUUUCCAGUGUUUUUUUUUCCUUUUCAGUGUUUUUCCCAGUGCUUUUUCCCAGUGUUUUUUUCCCAGUGUUUUUUCCCAGUGUUUUUUCCCAGUAUUUUUUCCAGUGUUUUUUCCAGUUUUUUUUUUCCCCCCAGUGUUUUUUCCAGUAUUUUUUCCAGUGUUUUUUCCAGGUUUUUUCCCAGUGUUUUUUCCAGUGUUUUUCCAGUGUUUUUAAAACAGUUUUUCCAAUGGUAGUAUUUUUCCGGUGACAGUGGUAUUUCUCCCUCCAGUGUCCUGUCGCUGCGCUGCUCCUUUCCCGCCACAGGGCGGCAGCACCGCGUCAUUUCCAUCCAUCAGCUGUUGAUGAUCUGCAGCUGAUGAUUUUUCACUUCAGCUGCUUCUUUUCCUCCAAACUCCGCUUUCCUCCGCAGUUUCCGGUCCGUCUGUGUCUCCGCUGCUGGACGUCGGUACCGGACCGGUUCGUCCCGCCGAGCAGCGGCUCUGAUCCGGUUCCUCUGAUGCUGCUCGGUUCUGACGCACCGAGAACCGCCUGAUUCAUUCUGAGGCGACAAGUUCGGUGUCGCAGCCGGAUGACCAGGAGCAGGACAGGAACCAGGACCAGGACAGGACCAGGACAGGAACCAGGACCAGGACCAGGACCAGGACCAGGACCAGGACCAGCAGGUGACCCGGAGCUGCUCAGACGGACUAAAUUUGUGUUUUUUAUUUUCCUUCUGGCUGAUUUCCGUCCUCCCUCCUCUGGACCUCCUCUGGACCGGACCUGCAGCAGAACCUUAGACUCCCAGUGUUCCGGUGGUGUUCCGGUGUUCUGGUCGGUUCCUGGUCCGGAUCGAACCUCCGUGACGCCGCUGAACGCAGCUCGCGUCGCCGAUGCGCCAUGCGUCAAACCAAACCGGAGCGGAGGUUUAACGGACACUGACCGGGUUUAGUCCUUGUGGUUCCAGCUGGGUGAAACUUUUCCGGUUCCUCCGUGGAUUUUGUCCAUGAAGCGUCUCCGCGGGUGAUUUUUACACUUUUUGUGGAUUUGUUUGACGAUGUGGACGCCGACGGAGGACGAGAAGAUCGGAGUCGUGAUCUGCAGCUUCCGAGGCUUGGUGGUUCAGGGUUUGGCUCUGGAGGUCGGAGAGACGGUUCAGAUCCUGGAGAAAUGUGAAGGUUGGUUCAGAGGAUUCUCCACCAGGAGGCCAAACAUUAAGGGGGUUUUUCCUUCCAGCUACGUCCAUCUGAAGAAGGCCGUCGUCACCAACAGAGGGCCACAUGAGACGGUGGUUCCUCUGGAGGAUCCCAUCGUUACCGAGGUGACGUCAACGCUGCAGGAAUGGGCCUUAUUAUGGAAACAGCUCUACGUGAAACACAAGGUGGACCUGUUCUACAAAGUCCGCCACGUCAUGAUGGAGCUGAUGGACCUGAGAAGACAGCUGCUGUCCGGUCAUCUAACCCAGGACCAGAGCCGAGACGUCAAGAGACACAUCACCGUCCGCCUGGACUGGGGCAACGAACACCUGGGUCUGGAUCUGGUGCCCAGAAAGGAGUUUGAGAUGGUUGACGAGGACCAGAUCAGCGUGUCGGACCUCUACAAGAUGCAUCUGUCCAGCAGACACAGCGUCCAGCAGAGCAGCACUCAGGCCAACAGUAACCGGCAGCGACACGGAGAACCCUGCAGAGUUCCGGUUCCUCACCACCUGCUGGUCAACCUGAAGAGCUUCACCUACAACAGCAUCGGAGAAGACACCGACAUCUUCUUCUCUCUGUACGACCUGCGGGAGGCCAGGACCAUCAGUGAGAAGUUCAUGGUGAGGCUGAACAAGAACGGAGGACCGAAGAACCCGGAGAAGGUGGACUGUCUGUGUGCUCUGUUCACGGACCUGAGCAACAAGGACAUGAAGAGAGAUCUCUACAUCGUCUCCCAGGUCAUCAGAACAGGUCGGAUGCAGCUGAACGACAGUAAGAAAGGUCCUCCACACGUCCAGUACCGCCGGCCAUACGGCUGUGCUGUCCUGGCCAUGAGCGACGUCCUGCAGACCAUCUCAGAGCUCAAGGAGGAGAAAGACUUCGUCCUCAAAGUCUACACGUGCAACAAUGAGAACGAAUGGUACCAGAUCCACGAGAACAUCAUCCGCAAGUCCAGCACCAAAUACACGGCACCCAGCACCAGCUACGGUCUGAUCAUCUCUCUGCAGCUGCUGCGAGGCGACAUGGAGCAGGUCCGCAGGGAAAACCCUCUGAUAUUCAGCCGGGGCGUCGCCAUCACCCGCAAACUGGGCUUCCCGGACGUCAUCAUGCCCGGAGACAUCCGGAACGACCUCUACCUGACUCUGGAACGAGGAGACUUUGAGAGAGGAGGGAAGAGCGUCCAGAAGAACAUCGAGGUGACCGUCUAUGUUGUCUACGCUGAUGGAGAGAUCCUAAAGGACUGCAUCAGUCUGGGUUCAGGGGAACCCAACCUGCCGGAGCACCGGUCCUUCGUGCUCUACCACAACAACAGCCCUCGAUGGAGCGACGUCAUCAAGCUGCCCAUCCCCAUCGACCGCUUCCGAGGGUCCCACCUACGCUUCGAGUUCCGACACUGCUCCACCAAGGACAAAGGAGAGAAGAAGCUGUUUGGUUUUGCCUUUUCUCCUCUGAUGAGAGAAGAUGGAACGACGCUGUCCGAUGAGAGCCAUGAACUUUACGUCUACAAGUGCGAUGAGAACACCACCUUCAGUAACCACGCCCUCUACCUGGGCCUGCCCUGCUGUAAGGAGGACUUCAACAGCUGCCCCAGCAUCCCCUCCAGCCUCAUCUUCCAGCGCAGCACCAAGGAGACCUUCUGGAUCUCCACCCAGCUGUCCUCCACCAAGCUCACGCAGAACGUGGACCUCCUGGCCCUGCUCAAGUGGAAAGCUCAUCCUGACCGAGUCAUGGACAUUCUGGGACGACUUCGACAUGUCAGCGGAGAAGAGAUAGUCAAGUUUCUCCAAGACAUUCUGGACACGUUGUUCUCCAUCCUGGACGACAACACUGACAAGUAUGGACCGCUGGUGUUCCAGUCGCUGGUGUUCAUCAUCAACCUGCUCAGGGACAGUAAAUACUACCACUUCAGGCCGGUGAUGGACACGUACAUCCAGAAGCACUUUGCUGGCGCCCUCGCCUACAAAGAGCUGAUCCGCUGUCUGAGGUGGUACAUGGACCGGUCUGCUGAGGUGGUCCGGCAGGACCACAUCCAGGAGGCCAUGAGGGCCCUGGAGUAUCUGUUCAAGUUCAUCGUCCAGUCUCGGAUCCUCUACUCUCGGGCCACCUGUGGGAUAGAGGAGGACCAGUUUCGCUCCAGCAUCCAGGAGCUCUUCCAGUCCAUCCGCUUCGUCCUGAGCCUGGACAGCCGCAACUCGGAGACGCUCAUCUUCACUCAGGGCCCCCAGCCUUGUCCCAGUCCAAAUCAGGCCCCGGGCCCCGGCGUCGGGCCCCCCAUAGCAGUAGCCCCGAGCCAGACCCAGACCCAGAACCAGGUCUCUGCCCCAGGACCGGCUCCUGGUGGCGGGCCAGCCGGCUGCUCUCAGAGCUCCAACGCUCUGCGGCCGUCUCCACUGUCAGCCGCCCUGCUCAACUCGUUCCCGGCCAUCUUCGACGAGCUGCUGCAGAUGUUCACGGUGCAGGAGGUGGCCGAGUUUGUUCGCGGCACUCUGGGCAGCAUGCCGUCCACGGUGCACAUUGGUCAGUCCAUGGACGUGGUGAAGCUGCAGUCCAUCGCCCGGACGGUGGACAGCAGACUCUUCUCCUUCCCAGAGUCUCGGAGGAUCCUCCUUCCUGUGGUCCUGCAUCACAUCCACCUACAUCUCCGGCAGCAGAAAGAGCUGCUCAUCUGCUCUGGAAUACUGAGCUCCAUCUUCUCUAUCAUCAAGACCAGCUCACUGGACACAUCGGUGCAGGAGGAGGUGGAGAUGAUGGUGGAGUCCCUGCUAGACGUCCUCCUGCAGACGCUGCUGUCCAUCAUGAGCAAGAGCCAAUCGCAGGAGGCGGUAAGGGGUCAACGCUGUCCGCAGUGCACCGCGGAGAUCACUGGAGAGUACGUGUCCUGCCUCCUGUCGCUGCUCCGCCAGAUGACUGACAUCCACUUCCAGCACCUGAUGGACAACUUUCAGAGCAAGGAGGAGCUGAAGGAGUUCCUGCUGAAGAUGCUGUGUGUGUUCAGAAACCUAAUGAAGCUCAGUAUCUUCCCUCGAGACUGGAACGUCAUGAGGCUCCUCACCAGCAACAUCAUCCUGACCACAGCUCAGUACCUCUCUCCAGCUCUGCACAAGAACUUCACAGAAGCCGACUUCGACUUUAAGGUGUGGAACUCCUACUUCAGUCUGGCAGUUCUUUACAUCAACCAGCCCAGUCUGCAGCUGGAGAACCUGAGUCCUGCCAAGAGGAAGAAGGUCUUAGACAAGUACGGCGACAUGAGAGUGAUGAUGACCUAUGAGCUCUUCAGCAUGUGGCAGAACCUCGGGGAGAAUAAGAUCCACUUCAUCCCCGGGAUGAUCGGUCCGUUCCUGGGAGUGACGCUGGUCCCUCAGGUGGAGGUCCGAAACAUCAUGAUCCCCAUCUUCCACGACAUGAUGGACUGGGAGCAGCGCAAGAACGGGAACUUCAAACAGGUGGAGGCUGAGCUGAUCGACAAGCUGGACAGUCUGGUGUCGGAGGGGAAAGGAGACGAGAACUACAGGGAGCUCUUUGGUUUGCUAACCCAGCUGUUUGGGCCCUACCCCAGUUUGUUGGAGAAGAUCGAGCAGGAGACGUGGAGGGAAACGGGGAUUUCCUUUGUUACCUCCAUCACACGACUGAUGGAGCGACUCCUGGAUUACAGGGACUGUAUGAAGGGAGAUGAGACGGAAAACAAGAAGAUUGGCUGCACAGUUAAUCUCCUGAAUUUCUACAAGUCGGAGAUCAACAAGGAGGAGAUGUACAUCCGCUACAUCCACAAACUGUGUGACAUGCACCUGCAGGCUGAGAACUACACUGAGGCAGCGUUCACUCUGCUGCUGUACUGGGAGCUGCUACACUGGGACGAACGGCCCCUCAAAGAGUUCCUGCACUACCCAGCUCAGACCGAGUGGCACCGCAAGGAGGGCCUCUGCCGCAAAGUCAUCCACUACUUCAACAAGGGAAAGUGUUGGGAGUAUGGUAUUCCUCUGUGCAGGGAGCUGGCCUUCCAGUAUGAAUCUCUGUACGACUACCAGAGCCUCAGCUGGAUUCGGAAAAUGGAGGCAGCGUAUUACGACAACAUCAUGGAGCAGCAGCGCCUGGAGCCGGAGUUCUUCAGGGUGGGAUUCUACGGCAGGAAGUUCCCCUUCUUCCUCAGGAACAAAGAGUUUGUCUGUCGUGGACAUGACUACGAGAGGCUAGAGGCCUUCCAGCAGAGGAUGCUGGGAGAAUUCCCACAAGCCAUCGCCAUGCAGCACCCCAACCAGCCAGACGAGGCCAUCCUGCAGUGUGACGCUCAAUACCUCCAGAUCUACGCUGUAACGCCGGUACCGGACAGCGUUAGUGUGCUCUCGAUGGACAGAGUUCCGGACCGCAUCAAGAGCUUCUACCGCGUCAACAACGUCCGGCGGUUCCGCUACGACCGACCCUUCCACAAAGGACCCAAAGACCGGGAAAAUGAGUUCAAGAGUCUGUGGAUAGAACGGACCACUCUGAUCCUCAGCCAUCCUCUGCCGGGGAUUUCACGCUGGUUUGAGGUGGAGAAGAGGGAGCUGGUGGAGGUGAGUCCAUUAGAAAACGCCAUUUCCGUGGUGGAGAACAAGAACCAGGAGCUGCGGACUCUGAUCAGCCAGUACCAACACAAGCAGCUGCACGGAAACAUCAACCUGCUGAGCAUGACGCUAAAUGGAGUGAUCGACGCCGCCGUCAACGGAGGCAUCGCCAGAUACCAGGAGGCUUUCUUCGAUAAGGAGUACAUCACCAGCCACCCGGAAGACACUGAGAAGAUCACACAGCUCAAAGACCUGAUGCAGGAGCAGGUCCACAUCCUGGGAGUCGGCCUGGCCAUGCACGAGAAGCUGGUGCACCCAGAAAUGCGUCCCCUGCACAAGAAGCUGAUAGAUCAGUUCCAGAUGAUGAGGAGCAGCCUCUGCCAUGUGAGUGGUCUACCUGGACUGGAUAAAACUACCACAGGAACCAACAGAGGAAUCCUCUCCUCCCACAGCCCCAUGAGCCCUGAGAGCUUCAAGAUGAUGCACCGACACAGUCCUGUUGCUGUUCUGACUUUAGUCCGCAACUCCUCCUCCUCUCUCUCCUCUCAUAACUCCAGCGAGAUGGGAAACCUGCUGAUCCUGGCUGACGCCAUGGUGGUGGAGCAUCCUGAGGACUUCUACCGCAUGCAGGCCAGUCCGUCCUCCUCCAGUCUUAGCUCCACCCACUCAGCGCCACCUCAGAUGAUUAACUCUGCCCCCUCCACCAUCAGAGUCGGGUCGCCGUCGCUGCCGGAUAAAUACCGACACAACAGAGAGAUGCUGAUGCUGCUGCCGCCUCACCGAGAACGACCGAGCAGCGCCAUGUACAGCAACCUGUCAGAGAACGGACAGCCUCCAACCUUCCAGCGGGCGUUGUUCCACCAGGUGAUCGGUCCCUGUAAACCCUGCAGCGACCCCAACCUGUCGGUGGCAGAGAAAGUCCUCACCACCCCAAGCAGCUGGAGUCUGGACAGCGGCACCAGAGAAGUUCUUCCCUUCCUGUCGUCUCACGUUGUCAUGGCGCCGCCGGUUCCUCCUCGCAACCUUCCUCACGGCCAACUCCUGUCGAUGCACUUUGAUGCUUUCCACCACCAGGACCUCCCUCCAGCUCUCCCCGCGCGCUCCUUAAGAAAGUCCCCCCUCCAUCCUAUACCUGCCUCGCCCACCAGUCCUCAGUCCAUCCUGGAUGGCAGUAACUCCACCCUGUCCGGCAGUGCCAGCUCAGGAGUCUCCUCCCUCAGUGAGAGCAACUUCUGCGGGCCCCCGUCCUCCUCGGACCCCCCGGCCAGCCGCACUGACACCCUGGAGUCCGUCCCCAGCAGCCAGGCCUGGACCACGGACCAGGAGGACUUGGACUCCCCCUACCAGCCCGUCAGGUACAGUGUCUCCGAGCCCGAGGUCCUGGACGGGGUGAAGCCCCCGCCCAGCCGGAGCCACUCGGCCCCGGGAGGAGUGGCCCCAGCCCCCCCAGGAGUCCAGAUCCAGGUCCAGGCGGUGAACCUGGCCUCGGCUGGAGCUCCUCCUCUGCAGCAGGACGGACUGCCCCUCCCUCAGCACCACUUCUACCACCACCACUUCCACCCCCACUACCUGCCCCACCACCCGCCCCUCUACCAGCUCCACGAGCCCCCUCCUGCCCUGCCGCCCAAACCCUACCUCAGAGAGGGCUGCAUCCCCGAGGAGGAGCCCCUGAUUGGCCAGCCGGCACCGCCGCCUCCCACCCCCCGGCCAAUGCCGCGCAAGAUCUCCCAGCCCAUCAUCGCAGCGACCAAGGAGGAGCAGGCCAAGGUGGCGUGGGAGCACGGCGUCGGGGAGGAGUAGGGAGUAAAUAAAACUCAGAGGAAGAGGAGGAGGAAGAGCCAAACUAACAGAGAGAAGAAACAUCAGAAGAAACAUCAGAAACCCUCUGAUCUCCACUUUCUCCUCCGUUGGUUCUGGCUGUGUUCAGGUGAUCCGUCGCUCUGAAGAUUCACACAAGCAGCACUUUACCAGAGCACUGAUCAGCAGCGUUUGUAGAAAUAUGAUGUAGAAGAUAAAGGAGGAGAGAUGAACUACAGAGUAAAUAUUAACGGAUGUUUCCCUGAACAACGAUUAAACUCGUGCAGCUGCUGAAGGAUUUCUUUUAUGCAACAACGCCGCCUGAUAGAAGCAAUGUUCAACCGGCGGAGCUGAAAGUAUUUAUAUUUUCCAACCAACCUGUGUAGAUAAAUGUAAUACGCUCUAUAAAGGUAUAUAAAUCUGAUUUAUAUUUAAUCCUGGAAGGUUAAAGUGCAGCAGAAAUAUGCACGUUAGAAGCUUCAGGCUGCUGGUGAGGUUCUACCAUGAAGCUCUUUCCCUUACAGCUGUAAAUCUGCAGCUGGAUGACCUUUAUAAUAUCAACUCUAAUAAACACACACUUUUUUGCCAUUUUUUUAUGGAAGUAAUGAAGUGUAGGUUUUUUAAUCAGGUUUUCUACGCAUGUUCAUUCAGACCACUGGGAGGAAACUGAUGAGUUUAGAGUUUUGGAAGCCGUUUCAUCUCUACAUGUAGAAAUGCUGUGAAGAUUUUGUGUUUUGUUGGUUUUUGUUUGUUUUAAUUGUGUUGUGCUUUGAGAAGGCAGCUGAGACUGAACACUGUCCUCCUCUGAUCAUCUCCUGCUUUCAGCUUCUCCUCCUCUCACGUUUCCUUUGAGAACUCUCACCUCUGUUUAGUUUCUGUUUCUAACGUCUGAAAGAACUCUGUUAUUCCUGGAUUAGUUUCUAGAUUUCAGCUUCUUCGGAGGGAAUAUUUUCUGGUUUCUUUCCUCCUCUAUGACAGGAAACUGAAGAUCUUUGUUCACAACACAUCUGUUGUUUGGGAAACAUGGAUUGACCUCUUUUUUUGCUUUUUUUUCACACAUUUUAUGGAUCAAACAACUAAUCAAUUAAUAAUCAACACUAUAAAUAAUCAAUAAUUGCAGCUCCAUAAAUAAACAUUCAAACCAAAUUCCAUCAGAAAUUAAAGCUGCAUCCUUGCUGGUCAGUAAUUCCAAGCAUGUCCACCAGGUGGCGCUAUCACUGUGACUGUAUAUCAGUCUAUGGAUGUCAUCAGGGUUCGACUCUGAUCAUACAUGUAAAGUUUGAAGCAGAUUGGAGCAUGUUCAGGAUAGCUAUACAGCACUUCCUGUUUCAUGGUGAAACGUAGAAACUCCACCGUUUCCACAUCCUCAGACUUCUGUGGAGCUUUUUGAUCAUUUUUGAUCACCCGUGUCUGGAGUACAUCCUGACCAAACUUCAGCUCUGUAAAAGUUACCCUGUUUGAGUUUAUAGUUUUUGAAAACGUCCAAAAAUGACCCAAAAUCGUCCAAAAUAUGACACAUAAUACAAAAUGGUGGACUUCCUGUUGGGUUUUGGGUGUGAUUGUCAGGUAAAUAUUUGUGCAUUGUGACGAGUUACAUACGUGUACGAAAUUUUAUAUCUCUAGGGGACACAUACUGGUCGUAGUUCCCGUUUGAAAUUCUCCAGAUGGCGCUAUUGAGUUAUUUUGGCUCACACCUAUGCAAGUCCACUAAAAUAUCUCAUUUGGACGCAUCUUUAGGCCUUCAAAAGUUCAGUUCAACAAGCGGAUGAAGAAAGAAGAAGAACCCAUGGAUUCCAAGAGGUUCCUUCACUGUUCAGAUGUAAACAUUUUAUUUUCCAUCCAGACAGAGAAGGUUUUGAAUGAAUCCUCGUUUUUAGCUCUGGUUUGGUCGCCUCCAGCAGAUCUUAGAAUCAUGAUGAGUUUCUAUAGUUUAAGAUGAUGACUCUAUGAAUUCAUCACAGUUAAAGGAAAUCCGACGGUUUGUAGAAGCAGGAACUAAAUGAAUCCUGAUCAGAGUCGGUAGAGACAUCAGUCUGAGAAACUAUUUCAUGACCAUCAGUCUAAAUUCUGUGCUUUCAACUUCUUAUAUGUGAAUAUUUUCUGGUUUCUUCCCUCUGUGAUCGUAAACUGAAGGUCAUUGGAGGAAACCAGACAUUUCUCACCUUUUUCAGACAUUUUAUCGACCAAACAAUUUGAUCAAGAAAAUGAUGACUCGACAGUGAAAGUCGUUAUUUAGUUUACAAAGUUCUGAGUGGUAAAAGACAGAAAACUGUUUGGUGUCAAAAGUUCCAGCCAGCGUUCAUCACAUCAGACAUAAAGGUGGAAUAGAACCAGACCUUCUACCUGCAGCUCUGUGGAAACAGAACGACAGAAAUCAGAUAAAUUAAAGUUACAUUUCUUUGAUUAUUUUACAGAAUUUAAAAAACAUGUCCAACUUUUGUCCAACAUGGAGGUUCCACGUCCUGCAGACGUUUAACUAUUUAUAUCUCUGACCCGUCUCCAUACUGGACUCCUGGUGGCUCCAUUCAGACGACUGUUGGAGAACCUUUGUUUGUUUUGGAGGAUCUGUUGAGUGCAGAGGAGUUAUUUGUGACAAAUGUUCCAGUGACCCGGUAGAAUAAUGUAGUUCUGAUCAAAUAUCAGGAUUUCAGGCUUAGAUUGGAUUUAUUUUUCCAACUGAACUGAAGUAGAUCAAGGACCUGAAGAGUCUUCCUGUCAUUCUGGAGAGUUUUUAAUAGAUGAGCCGAUGGCAGCAGUCCAUCAUCAGACAAACUGACAUGUUGGAGGAGAAACUAUGCAUAUGAUGUCCAGUUCUUUAUAACGUUCAGCCUGAGAGCAAAGAAGUUAGAUGAACUGAACUAAUGAUGGUGAGAGUUUGGAGGUGAAGGUCAGGAGAUGAUCUGAAUCUAAACCCAGAGUAUCUGGCUGUGUGGAUGAAGAGGAGGAUGAAGUCUGCACACAGACCAGGACAGAGUGGGUUUCUAGCGGUCGGUCGUACAGGGCAGACCUUGUGUCCAUGUAGAGCGUGAUCGUCUCGUGCUUUCUGAUGUGUUUCUAACAGCAGAUUGUUUCAGGGCAGCUGAGGGGACGUUUCUGAUUAUUUUGUGUAUUUUGCAUCGAAGAUAAAUCCAGACUUAUGGUGAUGCUUUUCCUCUGUACCAUGAUGCUAAUGAGUAUUUCCUGUAUAUAAAAGUCUCUAUUGUGUUAGCAUGGGUAUAAACUGUGACGUGUAUGACGGUAGAUGUAAAUACUCAUGCUUUUCCUACUCACUAAACAAACUGCUGUGUUGUGGAUUCAUGAUUAAUGACAAACAUUAAACAAUGAGGUUUUAUUGACUCA